AUGCUUGUUUACCUACUCAGUUUCUUGGCAUCUUUGGUCUCUUCCAAGCGCCAGCGACUCAGAAUUACCGAGGAGAUGCUGCUGAAAAUCCUCACUUACCACCAGGUGUCCCCUUGCUUCCUUCACUUCAUAUCGUACCUAGGCAAUGACCCGAUGACAGGUGAGAGUGACCCCUUUUUCGGCAGCUUUUACCGACUAAGGAUGUUUUCGAAAUCGGCCUCUUCACUCGUCGAGCUCGGCAGGAGUGGUCGGCACUACCAAUUCGUCUUUGAGUUGCGGGUGAUGCUCAAGGAUCAGUUGUUGGAGGAGGACUACGAUGAGGAGGAAGAGUUGUCUCUGGACGAAUACGAGCUCGCAAAUCUGUAUGGCAAGACCAGGGCGGUGGUUUACCACCAUUUUGACGUUGACAACGGCAAGAGCCUGUGGAUCAUUACGAGCACUGAUCCACACAGUGACGAGACUGCCUCGGAUGGCCUGAGGGACAACAGUUCCAACGAUAUCAGGUCUGCGUUCUUAACCCGCGCCUUGUCGUCGAGUAGCCCAAUACAAGAGCGGUUCGAGAACAGUCUGCGAGCACUAGUCUGCCUCGUUGACUGGUCAAUGAGCAAGUACAACUCCUACAUCACCUUGAUGGAUGAUGUCUUGGGCGAUCUUACGGAUAUAUACACCGUAUAUGAGCAUGGAGAUGACGUCGAAGGCAUUGCGUUGAAGAAGCUGAACCGCUUCAUGGAGCAACUGGAGGAAUGCAUAACGAGCCUUGAGGCGAACAGAUAUGUAUGUGCCGCCCUCAUCAAGUUUUACAGACAAGAACUGCUUCAAGAUCCGAAACUUCAAGGGCUACAGCUUGAUUGGAUCAACAAUCACCAUGAGGAAGUUCGAAAGACCAUCGACGAUGCGACUGCGAGGAUACAAGUCUAUUCCGAAAACAUCAAUGACAUUCUGCGGCGGGCUGCCGUGGUGCAGCGCAUAGGUAGGAGGCGCGAAGCCACGAUCCAUAGAUUUGUCCAGGACCGUAACGAGCGAACGAUGAGAGAUCUCGCCGAGUUCACACGCCAGGACUCGGCAGCUAUGCGUGUCUUUGCGACCGUUACCUUAAUCUUGCUACCCAUGAGUGUAGUCUCUACAAUCUUCACAACCGAUAUCGUUAAAUUCUCGCCUCCCGACUCGCCUUCCUCAUCCUCCGCUCCCCCUUCCAGCCCAACAGGCCAUGUGCUCCUAACGGCCACCUUUUCCCCUGGGACCGCUUUCUGGUGGACCAUUUCCAACAUUUUUGCGACCUCUUUAGUCGGAAUCUCCAGCGAGCUUUGGUGUCGCGCGGCUACCAGGGCAUCAUUCAAGAAGGGGGCGAGUACCUCGCCGGCACUGCGGCGAUCCUCCGGUGGUGACAGGCACGCCUGGUUCAAAAAAGGCUCAGAAGCCAAGGCAAAAAGGGGACUGCAGGCCGGGCGGGCGAGCAAGCCCACAAGUUGGAGAUGGGCCUUUCCGGGGUGGUUCGACCAAAGACGGCCCGGGAAGCGGCUCAAGAAAAGGAGGCCUGUUAGGGGAAGGGGAAGUUUGAAGAGCCGUGGCAAGGGGAAAGGGUAGGAUUGUUAUUGCGGUUGGGCCUGGGAAUGGUCGUAAGAGAUUAGGUAUGUCUGUUGAAAUGCACGGUUAUGGGGUACGAAGAUGAUUGUAUCCAGCCCUGAGCAGUUUACCUCAAAGACUGGGAGAUAGCCUGAAUACCU